ACCGACGUCAUCCGUAUAAAAAAGUAAGCCAAAUUGGAUCAAGACAGACCCACCACUGACCGCCGCUCUCUCCGAUCUCGAUCCCUUCCUCUCACUGACAAAAAUGGAUCAGCAGCAAGAACUCUCAAGCUCCUAGUCGGCGGUGGCACUGAUAGUCGGAGUAACAGGCAUGGCUGGCUUGAGCAUAGCCGAGUCCUUAAACUCCCCCACCGCCUUGGGCGGACCCUGGAAAGUCUACGGCUCGGCUCGCCGUUCAAUACCCACCUGGUUCCCCUCCUCCCUCCUCCACUCUUACAUCUCCUUCGACGCCGCCAGUCUCCCCGACACCCGCCGAAAACUCUCUCCGCUCUCCGCCGAAAUCACCCACCUCUUCUGGGUCGCUAUACAAGUCCGAGAAACCGAAGAACAAAACAUCCUCGUCAACCAAACCAUGCUAUCCAACGUCCUCCAUGUCCUAACCUCCGGUUCAGGAUCCAGGCUCCGCCACGUCACUCUCCAGACCGGCACAAAACACUACAUGGGUCCAUUCGAUCGGGUCCUCCCCCUUUCCCAAACUCUCUCCCUACCCUUCCGCGAGGACACACCCCGGUUACCGUGCCCCAAUUUCUACUACGCGCAAGAGGAUUUACUCGCAUCCCACUCGCCGCCGCUCGCGUACUCCGUCCACCGCUCUUCAAUCAUCAUCGGCGCGUCGACGAGGAGCUUUUACAACUUCCUGCUCACCGUCGCGGUCUACGCGGCGAUCUGUAAACACGAGGGCUUGCCGUUUCGGUUCCCGGGAACUCGUUACGCGUGGGAACACUUCGUCGACAUGACGGACGCACGCGUGUUGGCGGAGCAGCAAAUAUGGGCGGCCGCGACGAGCCGGGCGAAGAACGAGGCUUUUAACUGCACGAACGGAGAUGUUUUCAUGUGGAAGACACUGUGGAAGGCCCUGUGCGACGUGUUCGGUGUUGAAUUCGUGCCGUUCGAUGAGAAUGAGGAGUUCGAUGUUGUGGUCGCGAUGGAAGGGAAAGGAAAAGUGUGGGAUGAGAUUGUGCGGGAGCAUGGGUUAGAGAGGACCAAGAUGGAGGAAAUCACAUGCUUCGGCGCGGUUCGUUAUGUGUUGAGUUUUGGCUUUCAGCAUGUUUCGAGCAUGACCAAGAGCCGGGAAUAUGGGUUUUUUGGCUAUGCGGACACGUUGAAAUGUAUUAGGUUGUGGGUGAACCGGUUGAGAAACAUGAAAUUCAUACCUUAAUAUUUGGAAACUCUUAA